AUGUCGUCUCACAGCAACGCCGACGCCAACUCGGCUGCAUCCACCAGUCCCGCCUCCUCCGACUCUCACCAGAGGCCCAAGAGGGCCAGGACGAGCAAACCGAAAGUCAAGACGGGGUGUAACAAUUGCAACCGCAGCGCGAGACCUCAUGAGGUCCUCGCCAUUGCUCCGAAACCCCUGGCCGCCGCCCAGAAUGCCGCCGCACCCGGGCGAGCGACCUCUAUCGAAGGGCUGCCUCCCCGAAGGCAACACAAGUUGCAGGCUCGCCGCCCGACACCCCCGCAAGCGUCGGCUGCCCAUUCAGCCCUCACAAUGUAUCGCCCCGCUGGCAACCUCCAACUGACCCCGCAGGAAGGCCUUUAUUUCCAACUGUUCCGCUCCCACACCGCAAGUGAGCUGUCCGGCUACUUUGACUCGGUCUUCUGGACCCGGACCGUCUUGCAGGAGUGCCACUCGGAGAACGCCAUUCGCCACGCCGUCGUUGCCCUCGGCGCUCUCUACAAGACCCUGGAACAAACGUGCGAGUCCCCGCCGGGCUCGCCGUCCGAUCUUAUGGGCCCCGUGGACGGAGCAUACAAGCAUUGGGAGGUGGCGGUAAAGCAGUACUCAGAAGCCAUCAACGCUCUUGUCCAGCUCCAACGCGACCAGAAGUCGCACCGCACCCUGCUCAUGGCCAGUGUGCUCCUGACCUGCUUUGACUCCUUCGUUGGCGACCACAGACAGGCCAUACGACAAAUUCAAACCGGCCUCAGCUUGUUGGAGAAGCUCAGGGCCGAGAGGAGAAGGUCGUUCGUGCCUGUUUCCGAGGAGCCCGUCGAAGAAGAGCUCGUCACCAUGUUCACAAGACUUGCCAUUCAGGCCAAGUCGUACGACAUGGCCUUCCACUUCCCUGAGCCUUACGUGAUUCGCUUGACUCCCCAGACCCCCGAGCUCCCUCGCUCACCACCCUCGGACGCCGGCAGCUCGCCCUCGUCCAUGAGCACCAUCUCGGUGCCUGACCAGUUCUCCAACCUGAUGGAGGCCCGCAUCGCCUGGGACAAGCUACUCGAGAAGAUGCUCCGCUUCACCGAAACAUUAUUCGUCUAUCAGAAAUCAACGGGUGCAAACGGCCCGAUGGGAAUCCUCCCGAAAUCGCUCAAACAAUACGGUAUGAGCUUCAAAGGACAACUGGACGCUUGGUCCGAGGCUUUCGACUUCUUACUCGAAUCUCGGACGGCCCCGGGGGUCAGCCACCAGGAAAAGGCGGGCAUUGCGGUGCUGAAGAUGUUCCAGAUCAUGAGCCAGAUCUUAUUUCUCAUGACGUAUAGCGACAGCGAGUCACAGUUCGACGUGUUCCAGUCUCACUUCAAGGCCAUCGUGGACCUCGCCUCCGAGGUAGUGGGUGACGAGGAGCGUCGCGCAGCGGCCAAGCGAUGUCCCGACCCCAGCCAAUGUCCCCAUCGUCACAACCACAGCCCAGAUAUCUUUGGUGGCCACGAGUACAACACAUAUCACAUCAAGCCAAGCUUUAGCGCUGAUCUGGGCAUUGUGCCACCCCUGUUCGUGGUCGCGACCAAGUGCCGUCAUCCUGUUAUCCGAAGGCAGGCCAUCCAGCUUCUCAGGAGCAGCGCUCGCCGGGAGGGUAUGUGGGACAGCGAGCUCACAGCGCGCAUCGGGCAGUGGGUCGCGUCGAUUGAGGAAGAGGAGGAUAAGGUGUCUCCGUCGCCCGACCCGCGCGCCAGCUUUGCGAAUAGCAGCACGAGGAGCGGGUCGGUCGAUUUCGGCGAAGGCAUCCCGCUGGGGCCUGGCGGCAACGCUCGUUGGGAUGCGCGGAGGGACAGCGCCAUCCCUGGACUCAUCAAGUCAAAACGGUCCGUCCCCGAAGAAAAACGCGUCAUGGUUCGGGCGGUGGAUUUCGACCUCAGAGCCAGAUUUGCCAACUUGCAGGUUGGCACCCGAGGCAUCAUCACCGGCAUGCCAGACAUGCGGUCCAGGGUUACCCAGAUAACGUGGUAG